AUGAGCAUGCCAGAACGAGAGCGCUGUUUCAGCCCGAUUCGUGCGGACAAGUCAGGAGCCAACCCCCCUGCCAAUGUUUGGGAUGGUAUCUGGGCAAGACUGGCAACAAGUUUGAGGCGGCUUCUCCGAGCUCUGGAGAUACUGUUCCUCUGGUCUCCUGUUGUGGUCUCAGGCUCUGUCUUGACUGUACUGCAUCGGCUGCCGUUGCUACCGAAGGAGACGUCGACGAACCUAUUGGAUGUGUGGUGGACUUUUGUGUUGAACAUCAUCACCAAAAGCGGACCCACGUUCAUCAAGGCUGGACAGUGGGUGAGCACACGACGAGACACGUUUCCCGAACAGGUUUGCACACAACUAGGAAAGCUUCACAGGUUCACCAGGACCUCCACGAGGGCGCACGGGGAAGGUGCUCUGCAACAGGCGUUUGGUGACAGUUGGCGCCAGUUCUUUGCUCUAGAAGACGAACCGCUGGGAUCAGGCUGUGUGGCGAGCGUCUAUAAGGGACAUAUUUUUGCUGGCGAGAACGCAGGCAAGGUUGUUGCCGUGAAAGUGCUACACCCAGGUAUCAAGAAAACGGUCCAACUUGACCUUGAACUGAUGCGCCGAGCUGCGGAGGUGCUCGAACAUAUUCCUGUUCUUCACCUGCACUGGCUGUCGUUGGUCGAGUGUGUGGAUCAGUUCGCGUCGCUCAUGGAGAUGCAAAUGGAUCUGAGGCAGGAAGCGGCGAACCUCGAGCGCUUUACGAAAAACUUCGAAGACGAUCCGACGAUACUGUUUCCAAAUCCAAUAUAUCCGUGGGUGCACGAGUCUGUUUUGAUGGAGGACUUCUUGAGAGGAGAACCUGUUUCAGAUUUCUUUCCGUCCAAGAACCUGGCCCAUAUGGGCCUCCAAGCGUUUCUCAAGAUGGCGUUUCUCAACAAUUUCGUGCACGGCGAUCUUCACCCCGGAAACUUGAUGGUGGAACGACGAGAAGAGAACGGGGAAGAGCGACUCAUCUUCCUAGAUGCGGGUAUUGUAUGCGAGCUCGACGAGGAGGAUCGGCGAAACUUCUGCGACCUUUUCCAUGCUAUUGUGGUUGGCGAGGGAAAGCGGGCAGGUUCGCUGAUGGUUGAAAGGGCACGAAAUCAGCGGUGCCAGGACCCGGACGGCUUUUGCGAAGGGGUGAACGAAGUGGUGCAGAGAGCUAGGUCGAGCGGGAUGCGCUUGGGGGAGAUGCAGGCCGGAGAUUUACUGGGGAGAAUAUUCAGGUUGUGCUUGAAGCAUGAGGUCAAGCUUGAGUCCAAGUUCGCCAGGACUUUGAUCGCCAUCGCAGUUUUGGAAGGAGUUGGGCGGAGCCUGGACCCAGACCUCAACCUUUUGACGGCUUCUCUACCAGUGGUUUUGAAAGCCACGGCGAUGAACAGGGCAGGAGUAGAGUAGAGCUGCAAACCAGGCAGGCACUUCGUACCUUGCGCGUAUUGGUGCAGCAGCAGUACAACAGAUCCAUACUUCCCCAAGAAAUCUAUUUUACAUUGGUGCACGCGUUUGGGAAGCAAAUUGACAGGCAGCAGGUCGCUCUCAUAUAUAUCACCACGCAAAGAGGUCUAGCUGGUCUUGGGCCUCCUUCAAGUCAAUCUGAACCUUCUUGCGCUUGUAGAAGAUGGGA